CCUGCUUUGACGUCCACCGUAUUUGAAGCUUUCUCUUGUCUCGACUAUCGGGAAACGCAUGUCUAGCUAUGAAGAUCUCUUUGAGUCCAGUGUACUCGAGGUCAUAGCCCCUCCUCCAUCUCUCGAGUUCCCAUCCGAGUACACCGGCCAGAAGGCGUCGGACUGGAUCGCUCGCCUGCGGGAGCCCUUCGCAGACAGGAAAACAGCGUUCUUUGAUGAGAACAUGGACUUCUUCCUAACAAUUCGUUUUCCGUCACUGUCAGAGGAGGAAGACCCCGCUACAGACUCAACGCCUCAGCCUCCCUCCCACCUGCUCUCGUUCCUCGCUCACCUACAAAUAUCCUAUGAAACCUCGUACAUCUCUCCUUCUGCUACUGGGUCAGAAUACACACCUGGGUCCCGUUUGUCUAUGCCCCCUCCUCGGAACAGCUCUAUGCAGCGCAACAGACCGAACGCGCUGCUCGGCGGCCCAUCCUCAAUAUUUCCUCCCCAUACCCCUCACCCUAUACCUUCUGCUGCAGAAUCUGACUUGAAGUAUGUCCAAUCCCAAGGUACGCCUUUGGUUUCUGCGAUCUGGGGCGAAUCCGAGAAUCGCGACAAGGAGGCGUUCGCUCUACUGUGGGACGCGAGCGAGCAGUUGUGGAUCGCCAUGUACAAGAUGACAAUACUUGUUUUGUUCAUGGUCACCAAGGUCCCUGACCCUCUCUUGUGUAUCACCGUCUCCACGACGCUUCGUAACAAGCCACUAGCCGUCACUCCACCCCGGAAAGCCCUUUCUGCACUUAUAGAUGCCGCCGGAGGCUUGAAUUCUGAGCUGGUGUCUUCGCCGGUUAAGGAGAACGGCGUAGAUCAUGACUCCGCUCAUAGCGACGACGACGAGAUCCUCUCUGGAUUGCAGGAGGUGAACCUUCUAGAGGGUCUGGCAGCAGGCCCGACAUUUACGGAUCCUCACAAGCGACUCUCCCUGCCUUCUACGCGCCUGGGCUCUACCACUCGUCAGCACGCAUUCUCUCUCGCUCCGGCACCCAACGCGUCUUCGUCAGACACGCCUGUGCCUUACUCGGGCGGUGUCAUUUCUCCGCCAGCCGGAGGUAGUAUCAGUAGCCUGAGCAGUCUGCCCAAGGCUGCCACCCUUCGCAAGUCUUUCCGUAAGACAUUGAACACCCACAUGGGCUUUAGAGUCCGUAUGCGCACGGUUUUCGUGCCAUACUUCCUUCUUCCACAGGACGCCCCGAACGGUAUCACACAGAAGCCCCGGCGUGUCAAGGACGCUGGUCUGAAUGCCUCCGACUCUGAUUCGGAUCUGGACGACGACAUUCUGGAAGAGCGCGAACAGCGUGAAGCCGGGAACGAAGAGCACACCGUCGUGCUUAGCGUCGAAGUCGAGAAUUUGUUUGCAGGAUCUUCCCCUGGCUCUUACCAUAUUGAGGUCGAGCGUGUGGACGUCGCGAUCAGCGGUUCAGGUGCUCGCGCUUCAUUCAUUGGAUGGGGAGGGCGUACUACGGACGUGUUUCCCCUGCAGGUCGGUCCGCGGGAGCAGAUUAAUCUACUGUAUGCAGUUUCGUUCCUCAGGGGUCCCGAGGUGGAUGAAUUCUCGUUAGCAAGGCCUGCCGGCGACAAGAGAGGUGGUCCCACAGAGGAACUUCAGCGAGCCGUCACGAUCCACCUCAUCGUGCGACCCUUCGAGCCCAAGGGUGGCGAGGCCUUCUACCCAACCCACCCAUUCCCUUCAAGAUGGAACUGCGUGCUCGACUUAGCAUCGUCUAGCGUCCUGAAACAGAGGCACGAGUCCGGUGAAGCUGAGGAGGACGGUAAUCAAGAGUACUUUGUUCUUCCUACUCCGGCUUCACCGUUCCCUACCGCACCCCUCGCUCCGCCUCAGCGGAGUCUCACUCCUCUGACCACCAAGCACACCAUCCCUUUGACGGCGAUCGCAGGUAGCAAGCGUCAUACCAUUGCUGCAUUCGAUACGCCCAUUAGUGAUUAUGCGCGCAUGCCAAAGUCGCCUAUGAACUACCAAAGUUCAACGUCUAUGCUCAACCCCCAGAAUCAGCCUCCCGCUCCUCCGAAUUCUAGCCCGACGCCAACAGGCCCUGCUUCCGGACAGACCCUCCAUAUUCCUAGUCGCACUUCAUAUAUCCCGCCCUCCGUUUCCUUCCAGACAACCUUUCCUCGAUCACCCACAACGUAUGCCCCGCCGACCAGCCCGCCACUGCCUCCCCCUCCAUCCAACCCACUCGCGGCUUAUGCGCAAACACCAUCAGAUAGCUCGAGCACGGUCAAUGAGAUGUUCGACUUCACUAUACCCCGUACGCCCGCAUACCCCGCCUAUCCGAGCUCACCCGCGCCUGUGCCGCCAACGCCAUUCUGGCAAACACCCAUCGCCCAACAAUCUGGUCCUGGCGCUGUAGGCCCGAGCGUCGAGAUCCGUCGUGAACGUGGAGGAAACAUUCCUCAGACCCCGGGUCCUACCGUGGGCGGGUUCGGAGGACUUACGAUAAACCCGAUGAACGCUCUGCAACAAGCUGGCGAGACCGCUUCGAUCGAUGGAAGCGGAGAAGCGGUUGUCGUGUCCGUCGGGCUCCUCCCAUCACCCGGCCGCGCUGGAAAGAAGCCGCACACGGGCGAGCUGUACCCGUUGGAUCAAUUUACCUUGGACAUCUUUGUGUUCAACCAGUCAUCGUGGACACGACGAUUCGAGGUGAGCUACCCCGAGGAGCGUAGAAGACGACGGAAAGCGAAGGAGAGGGGCGAUGGGUUAAGGGAGGUUCGCCCACCAAGCAUAAUCCCGCUCCAGAAUCGCGUUCGUAUCGGGCCGCUCCUCCCGUCGACUUGCCAAUCCGUGCGCAUGGACUUCUUGGCACUUGCGCCUGGCGUUCAUCCAAUCGAUACGCUGACCCUGACGGAUAUUCAGAGUAACUUUACCAUGAAUCUCAGGUCUGUCAUCGACAUCAUAGUGCAUGAACCGAAAAUCAAGGAGACUUCGUCGUGA